CAAAAUCAGCUCCUCCACAAUUUUCUCUAUCUCCUUUUCUUUCCCUCUUUUUCCAAAAAGCAAAAAGAAGAGCAAACAACUAAACCCAACAAACACCCAAAUCUCUCUGUCUAUCUGAAAUCAAAACUAACAACAAAAACAGCUUCUUCUUUUUUUCUCAUAACAAUCUCACUCAGAAUCAACAGAAAAAUUUGCAACAAAUCCAACCCAUUUCUAGAUAUUAUUGCAAGUAGAAUCUCCUUUCUUGAAUAAAAAUCCACCACCGCCUAUUUCUUGUCUUUUUGGGAUCCUUUAUUUCCUCUUCCACCGCCAACAUCAUCAUCAUCAUUUCCACCCUUUAAUUCACAGGUCCUACUGCUUCUGUUUCCUUCUUUUUCUCUCUCUCUCUCUCUCUCUCUCUUGAUAACAUCUUAGUUCUUGAUUUUGUAAAAAGAUUCCGUCUUUUUUUUAUCAUCUCCGGCUAGGUCAAGAUUGUUUUAUUAUAAUCUUGAUCUUCCAUACCCAAAAAAACCCCUUUCAUUGUAAUACUUUAAUUUUCUUUUUGAAACCAUCAAGAUUUUUAAUUUGAUUGUUCUGUAAGUUGGUUGAUGGCAGAAUUUGAAAGUAAUAUGGAAUUCAAUGGAAAAUCAAAACCCAGUACCAUGGCCUCCUCUUUGUUUAAUCGUUCUCUCACAAUUCACUCAACAAAAUCAUCCCCUAAAGAUUAUGUUCAAUCCCCUUCAAGAUUUUACAAUUCCAUUGAAUCCAUGAAAGGUAAGGUUAAAAAGCUUUGCAAUAUCUUUGAAUCUUCGAGAACCCCCAAAUCGAUUCUCAAUGAAUCACUGCUAGCUCAAGCAAAGAAGCUUAAGUCUGUGAAAUCUAUGGGGCCUGAAUAUAAUAGAUACAAUUAUGGGUUCAAUAAUAGUGGAAUUCGGUUACCUGGUACAGAAGAUAGAAUUGUUGUUUAUCUCACUAGUUUGCGUGGGAUUCGAAGGACUUAUGAGGAUUGUUAUGCUGUUAGAAUGAUAUUUAGAGGUUUUAGGGUGUGUGUUGAUGAAAGGGAUAUAUCUAUGGAUUCAGCUUAUAAGAAGGAAUUGCAAAGUGUGUUGGGAGAGAAAAAUGCGAGCUUACCACAGGUCUUUAUUAGGGGGAACCAUGUUGGUGGUGCUGAGGUGAUUAAACUAAUGUUCGAGACGGGUGAAUUAGCCAAGGUUCUUGAUGGGUUUCCAAGAAGAGAGCCUGGUUUUGUUUGUGACCGGUGUGGGGAUGUGAGGUUUGUUCCAUGUGGAAAUUGUAGUGGCAGUAGGAAGGUGUUUGAUGAAGAUGAAGGGGUGCUCAAGAGAUGCUUGGAAUGCAAUGAGAACGGUUUGAUUCGGUGCAUAGAUUGCUGUUUGUAAUCUCACUUUUGCUUAUGCAUGAUUUGGUGCGUGUAUUUAGAUGUUUCUUGAUGUAUGUAUGAAUGUGGAUAAUGUAUUAAGGUUUGAGUUCAAAAUGCUCUUUGGAUUCAUGGGCAUGGCUUUUUCUCUUUCUCAUUUUCUUGUUGUAGGAUCAUCGGUUUGGGGAUCGAUGAUUGUUGUUCUCCGAAGAGUCUCAUGAGAAAUAAUAGUCUAUGAUAUCAAAACACCAAAUUGGGUUCGGUGUUUUGCUGAUAUUUUAUACAAAGGAGAGUGUUUCUCCUUUAUGGCAAUGUAAAUAUUUAGUACUAAUGUAAUGGAAAAUCAAAAAGAUUGUCAAUGUGCAAAUGAUUGGAUUGCUGAUGA